UUCCUUCACUCCAGGCACUGCCCGCUCGCCUGGACUGCCGCGCCGCUCCCCGUCGCCUUCCAGAGGAUUGGGAAACGGGAGAGAGACGAGUGCCACGUCCGAGCAGCCGCCUUGACUGGGGAAGGGUCUGCAGCCCACCCUUGCAACUCCUUCGUGGGGACUGAGAUACCCGCGCUCCAUCCGCCUCCCUGGCUGAGGAUUUCUCCCUCCCUCGCUUGACUUGAGCCCCGUUUUCAUUUUCUCUGAGCCACCUCCUCCCCGAGUGGGGACAAUCCGGCAAAGGGAGCGAUGCGCUUCGCCUGGACCGCGCUCCUGCUCGGCCCGCUGCAGUUCUGCGCGCUGGUGCGCUGCGCUCCGCCGGCCGCGGGCCAGCAGCAGCCCCAGCGCGAGCCACCGGCGGCUCCGGGCAACUGGCGCCAGAAGAUCCAAUGGGAGAACAACGGGCAGGUGUUCAGCUUGCUGAGCCUGGGCUCAGAGUAUCAGCCACAGCGCCGCCGGCACCCGGGCGCCGCCGCCAGGGGUACCGCCAGCGCCUCCGCCCCGCAGCCGCGCACACCGAUCCUGCUGCUCCGCGACAACCGCACUGCCGCGGCUGGGGCGCGGACGGCCGUCUCGUCCGGAGUCGCCGCAGCCCGCCCCAGGCCCGCAGCCCGCCGAUGGUUCCAAGCUGGCUACUCUUCGUCCGGGGCCCGCGACUCUGGCAUCUCGCGCGCGAGUAACCAGACCGCGCCGGGCGAUGUCCCAGAGCUCAGCAACCUGCUGCCGCCCAGCCGCGUGGACGACAUGGUGGGCGACGACCCGUACAACCCCUACAAGUAUACUGAUGACAACCCCUAUUACAACUACUAUGACACGUAUGAGAGGCCCCGGCCUGGGAGCCGGUACCGUCCCGGAUACGGCACCGGCUACUUUCAGUACGGUCUCCCGGACCUGGUGCCCGACCCCUACUACAUCCAGGCGUCCACGUACGUGCAGAAGAUGUCCAUGUACAACCUGAGAUGUGCCGCGGAGGAAAACUGUCUGGCCAGUUCAGCAUACAGUGCCAGAGAUUAUGAUCACAGGGUGCUGCUAAGAUUUCCCCAAAGAGUGAAAAACCAAGGGACAUCAGAUUUUUUGCCAAGCCGACCAAGAUAUUCCUGGGAAUGGCACAGUUGUCACCAACAUUACCACAGCAUGGAUGAAUUCAGCCAUUACGACCUGCUUGAUGCCAGCACCCAGAGGAGAGUGGCUGAAGGCCACAAAGCAAGUUUCUGUCUUGAGGACACAUCCUGUGACUAUGGCUACCACAGACGAUUUGCAUGUACUGCACACACACAGGGGUUGAGCCCUGGCUGUUAUGAUACCUAUGGUGCAGACAUAGACUGCCAGUGGAUUGACAUUACAGAUGUACAACCUGGAAACUACAUUCUAAAGGUCAGUGUAAACCCCAAUUUUGUGGUGCCUGAAUCGGACUAUAGCAAUAAUGUUGUACGCUGUGAAAUUCGCUACACAGGACAUCAUGCAUAUGCCUCAGGCUGCACAAUUUCACCGUAUUAGAAAGUAAGCCAAAACUCCCAAUGGAUAAAUCAGUGCCUGGUGUUCUGAAGUGGAGAAAAGAGAUUAACUUCAGUAGGAUUUACGUAUUUUGAAAAAGAGAACAGAAAACAACAAAGGAAUUUUUGUUUGUACUGUUUUAUAACAAAACGCAUAACUGGACUUUGAACAUUUAAAUCAGCAUUAUUUGGAAAAUUUUUGAUACUUAUUAUUCACAUUACUUUGUGAAUUAACAUAUUUCACUUCAGUAGUUGCAAAUUUGGAUCUUUCAAAGAAAUCCAAAUUUCUUAUGCUCCUUUUGAAAUUAUAGUGCAAAAGAGAAAAUAAUAUUUCAAUGAAUGAGCCCAAAUUACCUGGAACUGAGAAUUUUCUAAAGUGCCGAAACUUCAGUGAAACAUAACAACAGGCUUACAUAUGUCUUUAUAUAGACUAAUUUAGAAAUGAUGGCUCCUACUGUUUAAGUAGAUAUGGUGCUGAGAAAGAAACAAACACAUUACCAUUGGUGUCAAGAACUAUUACUAUAUAGCAGACAAAUGGCAAUAUAUGUAUUCAAAUAGUUACUUCCCUAUAAAAAUUAUGUUUACAUUUUUAGAUUAGUGGAUAACUUUCCUUCUAUCAAGUGCACUAUCUCAUUCUGACUUGAGUCAACUCUUGUUUUGAAACAAAUUAAGUAAUGGAGCUGCCUGAUUCCUAUUUCAUAUUUGUCGAUGCUCUUCUACCCUUUUAUUUUCCCAUGGGAAGAGAUGUUUUAAGUGGUGUUCUUAAAAUUACCAUUCUGGGGACUGGUAUACAUAGGACAACUGUGUAACUGGGAAGUUAUUCUGAUGACAGAUGUGAUACAUCCAGAGAUAAUAGGCAUUUAGGCAUAUUAAUGUAUGAGCCAAAAAUAAAACUUCCUUGCUGACAUAAAAAUCAUACAAACAAGUCACCAAAACUGUCACAACUGUCUCUCAAACACUUUUAAAAAAAUGAAAAGCAUCUUAGAAUUUCUACCCUUCUACAUCUUUUUAAAUUUUCAACUAUUAAAAAGAAUAAUGCUAAAAAAUUUAAUUAUCCAAAAUAGAUGACAUAAAAUGUGUGCGAUACAGGAACAUCAUCCUAGGUUAUUCAGGAAUCCAUCAUACAUAUUUUUGUGUGCGUUUCUGAAAUACAGUCCAAAUUUGCAAAGCUCAUAGCAUCACAUACUUGAGGGGAUGGUGAAUAAGGGGGAAAAGUACUUUCUGUAAAACCAAGGACUGUGCUGCAUAAUGAGACAGCUGUGAUUUUAUUUUAAACUGUGAAGCCAUGUGCCACAACAGAAUUUGGAGAAUUUCUCUUUUUCGUAAAUUCAAAAGGUGCAGAAAGAAAUCAAAUUACACUUUCAAGUUAGUGGUGCUUAAGCAGACAUUUUCCCGCAUUAACCAACAUUAAAAUCUCAAGUGAGGUAUUUCCAGUGCCAGAACAUGUUAGGUAGAACUUUAAAAAUGUGUUGGCAUUCUGUAUUAUAUGUCAUAGAGUUGUAAAGUCAACACCAAUUACUAAUAAUCAUUCCACACUCACUGGGUGCAUAGUGAGGUAAGAGGGGCCAGAGAUGGACAGUAAACAGGGGCGGAUACAGCGGUACACAUGAUCCUUACCUGCCAGGGCACACACUUACCAAUAGAGAAUACAGACAGAACUCUCAUUGACAUCUAAGCUAUGGAAUAGCUGCUUUGAUGUACCUCUUUGCCUUAAAUUGCUUUUUAGUUUUAAGAUUGUUGAAUGAUCCUUUCAAAUUGUAAUCUUUUCUAAUAGAGAUAUUUUAAUAUACUUGCUUUUUUAAAAAACAAAAACUACUGUCAGUAUUAAUACUGAGCCAGACUGGCAACUACAGAUUUAAGAUCUAUCAUUUUGUUAAGAUUCUUACCCUUGUAUUAAAAACUAGCCAAUAUCAUGGCUUUUGGAUAUAUACAAGAAGACACAUUCACAAUCAUUCAUCAGGCCUUUUAUCUGUCUAUCCAUCCAUCAUCAUUAGAGAGGUUUUUAUACACCAGGCACUCACAUGCUAGGCAUUGGAACAUAAAACAGACUGUGCCUAACCUCAAUAAGUAUUAAAAUGUCAUUAUUACCCAUUAGGUUCACCUUAUUUCAUUUUUAUGAUCUAAAUAUACAUGCCUACAAAGUUUCAAUUUUAAGCACUAUUGUUCUUCAUGAUGAUAUUUUAUUUUAAAAAAUAAGUUAAAAGUUACUAAGUAUAUGCAUGUAUGUGUUUCUUAAUUAAAAAUAUAUUUCCAAUCCCUGAAAUGACUGCCUUUUAAAUAUAACAUGUACCAUUUGGUUGAUUUUGAAAAAAAACACUUUUUUUCAAUUAGGAAGCUAAAGAUUCUUACUCGUUCCUUAUGUGAACAUUCCUCCCCUCCCAUCCCUCUAAACACUCCCAAAUAACUUACAAAUAUUGAUUUAAUACUCAAUAUUUUUGAACCUCAAGGAGUCUCUUCUCUGAAUAACCAACAAAACUCACAGGUUAGCUGGUGAAGAUUAUCAGUUAAUAAAGAACAUAAGCAAGUCUUUACUAAACUCAAAAUAGAAAAUUUAAAAAAUAGGAAAUAGAAAUGAUACAAAGGAUGUUGAAGACUGAGAAGAUACUGGCUAUUAUACUACUACAGGCUGUGAGAAAAUGAACUAAUUAGGUAAAUAAUUUAGUGAGUCCACCAUAUGACAUAUUAGUGGUCUCAAUCAUGCAGACCACAAUCUGGAGUAGAUGUCCUCACCUUUGAGGCUAGGAUUCAGUCUCUCAACAGUCCCAUUACAUAUAUGAAUACACAACUUUCCUAUUUCCAGAAAAAUCUUUAUAUUUUUAUAUAAUAAUUUUAUUUACAAUUUCUAUCAUCUAAUUACUUACCAGGAAUUAUUUGUCAUAACAAUUUUUUUUUUUUUUUGCUCUUUAAAACCUCAUAGGAUAG